CCGUCCGCCAUUUCUGACCUCUCGCCAUGGCUUUCUCUUCUAUUUAUUCCCACCUCCAUUGAAGAGCAUUACCCACGAAUUAGAUUAUCGAAAUACGAGGAGAGAUAGAAGAAAAAGGGUAAGGGUUGAUGUACCCUUCUUCUUCUUCUUCAUCCGUCGAGAUUUUUAGCUUUUUUUAUUGGGUAGAUUGAUUUUUUUUUUCGUUUGUUAACGAUGGUCACGGAGGUUUUGCGGCCGCAAAAUUGUUUGGUUGACCGGAUAAGAAAUUCUCCGGCGGUUUUUCAGCAUCGGAGGAACAGUCACCGGAAACCGCCGUCGCGACCGGAUCAGAGGAGACGGUUCGGCUCCGACGACGCAAAGAAGGCGAUCACCGAAUCCGCCGACGAUCUGAGUACGGAGAAAGUAACGAUUCUGAGAAGAGGAGAGUCCUUGGAUUCGAAGAUCUAUCGCGAGAAAUCGCCGUCGAAUAACGACGACGGAAUCGCAGCUCCAAAACCGUCGGAGACGGCAGUCGGUGACGACAUCUAUGCCGGAUCGGCGAUAUCCGUCGUGUCGCCGGCGCCGAGCUCGCUACCAUUCCCGUCGUUCUGGAGGAAGAACAAUAGCCAAGUCGUUCCAGUAGAUGACUCGGCGACUCGGGAUCUCCGGCGAUUGCUCCGCCUCGAGUUAUGAUAAACGGGAAUCCGAAUCAUCUCCGUUACGGUUUUCGCGAUUCGUUAAGAUUCGUCCUUCUCCUGACGUUUUUUAAAGAACGGGGGUUGAUCUGAGAGUCGUGAAGAAGUUAGGGGUGGGAUUUAGAAAAAAUUAUAUUAACUGUGUACUUUGUGAGGCCGGGGUUGGAAGAUUCGCGAGAAUUUCUUUGGGGUCAAAUUGUAAAACGAGGUAGAAAUGUGGGUUGAAGAAUUAAAUAUUUUCUGCGACAUAAGAUUCGUGCGUGUCGGGCUAAAUUCGGGCAAAUCUGGAGAAAAAAACAUUUAUUUUGCUAUAUUUUACCAUCUA